UAUUCAUUAUCUCAACCGAUUUGGUAAUAAUCCAGCUAUUCCUUUUACCUUAUCUAUCCGGAUUCUCCCUUCAAACCAAGGAAGAGGGAGACUUUCCCAACAAAACUCUGAUGAACUGAAGCUUUAUACCCAGAAUUUUUCUUGCAAAAAUUUAUUGUUGAAAUUUCUCAAAAAAUUUAAAAAUGUCGUGCAUCUAUGGUGGCAGCUGUUCUGUAUCAUCCUUCUCUGCUCAUUCUAUCUCCCAUUCAAGACUUUCAUCUUUAUCAAAUUCUAAACCCUCUUCGAUUCAGUGCUCUGCUGGUGGUUUAGUGGCAGAGUCAAAAGGAGUCAUUACAGCUGAACCCUUGUUGCUAAAUGCUGUGAAAGGGUUGGAUGUUGAAAGACCCCCAGUUUGGCUGAUGAGGCAAGCUGGGAGAUACAUGAAGAGUUACCAAGCUAUUUGUGAGAAGCAUCCCUCGUUUCGUGAAAGAUCAGAAAAUGUUGAUCUUGUUGUAGAAAUAUCCUUGCAACCAUGGAAAGUUUUCAAGCCUGAUGGUGUUAUAUUGUUCUCAGACAUUUUGACUCCACUUGCUGGAAUGAAUAUACCUUUUGACAUUGUGAAAGGAAAGGGUCCAGUCAUAUUCGAUCCUCUACGCACGCAGGAAGAUGUUGAUGUGGUUAGAGAGUUUGUUCCCGAGGAAUCAGUUCCAUAUGUUGGGGAAGCCUUAACAAUUUUGCGAAAGGAGGUGGACAACAAGGCUGCAGUUCUCGGGUUUGUUGGGGCUCCUUUUACUCUGGCAUCAUAUGUAGUUGAAGGUGGUUCAUCAAAGCACUUCAGCAAAAUUAAAAGACUUGCUUUCUCUCAACCCAAGGUUUUGCAUGCUCUUCUUCAGAAAUUCGCCACAUCUAUGGCAAAGUACGUCAAAUAUCAAGCUGACCAUGGUGCACAAGCUGUUCAGAUCUUUGACUCGUGGGCAACCGAGCUCAGCCCAGUAGACUUUGAAGAGUUCAGUUUACCAUACUUGAAGCAGAUAGUUGAUUCAGUGAAACAGACACAUCCAAAUCUGCCAAUCAUACUGUAUGCUAGUGGAUCUGGUGGGUUGCUAGAACGGCUUCCCCUAACAGGUGUUGAUGUCGUAAGCUUGGAUUGGACGGUGGACAUGGCAGAAGGUAGGAGACGGUUAGGAUCUGAUAUUGCAGUGCAGGGCAAUGUGGACCCUGGUGUGCUUUUUGGGUCAAAAGAAUUCAUAACAAGUCGAAUAAUGGAUACAGUGAAAAAAGCCGGGAGAGGGAAGCACAUUCUAAAUCUAGGUCAUGGAAUAGUUGUAGGUACACCGGAAGAGAAUGUUGCUCAUUUCUUUGAGGUUGCCAAGAGCAUUAGGUACUAAUAAUAUCUACAUUAUUAUUCAGGUACCUCUCAGUAUAAUUCUUUCUUCUUUGUUGAGCUAGUAUAUUACUUACUGAGUUGUGUAUUUUCAAUGUGCACCAAAAUGGAAGAAUUUGUUUAAUUUUUUAGUCA